AUGCCGCCAUCACCUAUUGGGAUCAGACGCGGACUGGCCGGAGUCGCAUUGCAUCUGACAUUAAUCUUAUUCUUAAUUACCAGCGGGCGCAGUUCGCCUACCGAGAUAUCAGAGGAGUUAUCCGACUCACCCGAGGUGAACGAGCACAUCACACCGUCUACAGCAGACGUAGACGCAGAAGGACAACCACUCGUGAAGCGGUCCAGCUCGUUCCCAACCGCCUUUGACACGCUCGGGAACAACUUCACGGAGACGAGCUGCCCGGACUUUUUUCAUACCUUUCUCAACGAUACCACGUAUCAAUCAUGUCACGCAAUCGCGCCCCUUCUCGAGAACUCCAACUCCUUCUUCAAAGCCAUGGGCUCUCCAAGCACUCUCGAUCCCCUUCUCGAUACUUCGUGCUCGGCCAACAUCACCGAGUGCUCGACCUUCAUGACGAACAUGGCCUCGAACCUCACCGAUAACAAAAACUGUGGCUCGGACUACCAGCUAGGAAACCCGGCUGUGGUCCAGGCAUACGACAGCAUGGUUUCAUACGGCCCUAUCGCAAAGGCGGCCUGUCUCAAAGAUCCGUCUACCGAGAAAUACUGCUUCACCGAGGCGGCUACCAAUUCCUCCAACGUCGCCAACUUCUAUCUUUACCUUUUACCACUAGGCAACUCUCUCCCCGGUGGUAGUCGACCAACUUGCAACCAAUGCACACAAGCGACCAUGCAGGUGUUUCAGCAAUCAGCCAUAGUCAAGGGCAACCCUCUGGUCAACACCUACCUCUCGGCCGCAGAAAUCAUCAACGUCAACUGCGGACCCGGCUUUGUCAACGCGACUGUUAACGUCGGAACUCAAGAUGCCACCAAAAACGGCUCCUCAGCGGGUAGCCGAUUGGGGAUGAGCCCGUCUUUAUCAUCCGCGAUAAAAUGUGACAAGAGAUCGCCCUGCUCGAAUUGCAGGGCGUCAAGUAUAGUGUGCCGCACUGCUAGUCGUCCUAAGGAACAGCGUCAGCGCAUUCUGAUAUCUGAUCAAUAUGAGAAGAAAAUAGAGGCCAUCGAAGGCCGAUUGGCCCAUAUAGAAACUCUGCUGGAGAAUCUCACCUCGCUUUCGGCUGCAAUUCCUGCCAGGAUGCUGGCAACUCCUAGCAUGUCAUUGCAGUCAUCGUCGUCGCCGUCAAAGGCGCAAUUAAUCCCUCCUCCCUCGACUCAUCCCUCAAUAUCGUCGGCAGCAGCGUCGUCAACUUCAUUAUCCCGGGCAAGGCGUGACACAAAACCGAAUGCCGCGUUCGAAGGAGAUUCAUCGUUAAGAGCACACUCAGUACACGCAAGCCGAGUCAUUGAGAAUGCCAUGAAUAGUGACACUGGGUUUGGCCCGAACCCGGAGAUGCAGGAUGCUCUUGUGGCGCUUCGGAAUUUGAUUGAAAAGCAGCAUUCUGGGUCUGUUAAUCAGGAUUAUCGAUUUGCUGCCCCCCAGCAUGGCGACGCUUCGACGGUGGAUAUCUCAUCGGUCAAGAUGCCGGCUAUGGAAUCUGUUGUUGGAAUGUUGCGUAUUUGCAAAGAAACGCAGAAUUUCUUGGAUCUUCCCUUUAUCGAUUUCGAGCAAUUCAAUGAACUGUGCAAAAAAGUAUACUUUGCCACGGAGGACUACUCUGUUGCCACCUUUGCCCUAGUAAAUGGCGGGCUUUAUCAUCUCUUCAAAGGCCUGGCUUUUCUGCAAGGCAAGGAAUUCCCCGAAGCUUCCGAAAACGUGAGCAUAUGCCGAACAAAUCUAGAGUACGCUCUCAGUCGGUUCAAUAUCUUCACGGCGGCUACCAGUGAGAACCUGCAGGCACUUCUUAUUGGGGCAUCGUACGCGAUAGACAUAUCACAGCCUUCACUAUGCUGGGCGCUCACCUCGACGGCUGCUCGUCUUUGCCAAACGCUUGGAUACCAUCGAACUGUAGGAACAGCGGGCGAUAACCCCUUGGACCUGAAGCUCAGAAAUCGGAUGUUUUGGUUCACCUAUAUCUUGGACAAAUGCCUCUCGCUGCGCCUUGGACAUUCGUCGAUUCUGCAAGAUUUUGACAUUACCCUCCCUCUCCCCGAGCCAUCUGCCGAUUCCAAAAUGAGCAUGUGGGACAGCAUGUACCACCACUGGGUCAAAAUUGGCUAUUUUCAGGGCCGCAUAUACGAAGAACUCUACUCUCCUCGCGCACUUUCCGGACCCGCUGCAGAUCGCACUCAGAGGGCCAAACAAUUAGUUGCCGAUAUGCAGCUGUGGUAUCAAGAUGUUGCGCAGAUUGAUCCGUCGCGCGCGUACAAUCCAGUUUACUAUGAAGCAGCCGCGUCGUCGUCGGAAAUUAUGUACUACGGUCUUUCGACGCUUGCGUACAGGGCCGUGCCGCCGGGUCCGUUGGAUAGUUCGAUUAUCUUCAGCAAUGGGUGCAUUGAAACAGCGCGAGCGGCGUUGAGGGCACAUCAACGCAAUUCCGAACGAUAUAAGAAUAGUAACAGUCAUAUCUGGCAUGGAUAUAUUUCUUGGGUCUUGAUCAAUUGUCCUUUUACCCCAUUCAUGGUCUUAUUCUGCCACGCAAUUGCCACUGCCAACCUCGAAGACCUCAAAUGCCUCGGAGAUUUUGUAUCGUCUCUCCAGUCGCCGGGCGGAACCGUCGAAGCCGCCGAAAAACUCUGGCGUCUCUGUCAAGUCUUCCACCGCGUGGCGGAGCUAUACAUUAAGACAAAAAUAAACCACCAGGAGAUGUACCAGCAACAACAACAACAUACUCAUCUAGAUCCAGGUCAUCAAUCGCAAGACGCAUUCCAACAACAGCAGCCUUCUGUUAAACAUGCCAACGACGAAACUCUAUCAGACUUCAGUACACCAAAAUUCGCACCCCUUCAACAGCAACAACAACAACAGCCUCCGCCAUUCGCUACAGAUGACUUUGAGCCAUAUCUUAGCGCCCUCGGAUUUCCGAACGCCGCUGGCUUUCUGAAUAUCGGGGACCAAAACAUGGCGACAGAAACUACCGCCGAAGACUAUAGUAGCAGUAAUGCUCCCAACGGGGCAAGUGAUAACAUCGGGUCAUGGCUUGGAGGAGACUCGUUUUCCUUGGAGAAUUGGUUUACCGGGAAUGUUAACAUUAUGUCCCUUGUCGAGACGGAUUUGUCUAAUUUUGGUGGGACUGGGUAG